CAUUGGUUCAUUUAGUCUGAAAAUCACGCCAUUUGAAAUGAGUCUCAAUGGCGAAUGAGAAUGAAGAAAAGAAUGUGAAUGGAUGGAUGAUUGAGAAUAUAAAUUGAUUGCUUUUUUUCGUUUUCAUUCCUCCAUUCGUUAUUUCACCAUUCUCACACUUUCAACAAAACUUCAGCACACUUCAUAUUGCCAUCAAAAACACUUCAGAAUGUCUUCCAACAAUGUUUCCCAUAGUUCCCCUGCCAGUUCUCCCGUGGAACUUCACUACUCUUUCACCAGUGGUGGAGAAAAUAGUUUUGAGCAUGAUGAUAGAGAUCCGGCCUUCGUUCAAGCUGAUCGUCAUGCACUUUGGAGAGAGAGAGGAGAUCCACGUUAUCGUGAUCGUUCUCCUUCUUUGGAAAUUGGUGGAUCUGUUCCACCCAAGUUAUCCGUUGGGACUUCGCUCGGUGUACGAAAGCGAAGUGAUGAUGAUGAUGGGGAGUCAGAGUGUGCGCAACAUCAUCAGCGCCGUAAAGUUUUGGAGGAUGUGGACAUGAUGGUAAUAGACAUCAUAAAUCUUUACAAGAUGGUGCGCGAGCAAGGGGAGAUAAUUGCAGAUCUGACCAAGCAAGUGGAGGAUUUGAAAAAGCAAGUAGGGCGUUCAAAGAAAUAUAAUCUGCGUCCUACUCCCAGUAGAAAUAGCAACCGCAAAGGAAAGAAAUAA